AUGGAUAAACUGGAACGGGUCCGAAACGCGCAACUUGCGCUGGUGAAACGGGAGCUGCUGGCAGCCGAAGUGCUUGGCGAACGGAAGGCGUCCUUCGUCGAAGCGACGGAUCGGCUGGAACAGCUCAAAGCGCUCGCCGGGAAGUUCCGGCAGACACAGGACAACAUUGAGCAGGAACAGGAGAAUCCUGAAAGCAUUGCCUCAGUGCAUGACCACCGGGAGGAAUUUAAUCAGGCGUAUUAUCCAGCGAGGAACCUCUUGGAGAAGUACAUCGCGGACAACAAUCCAGAAGAAACUGGUUCUUCGGCAUGUGGCCGCACGGUGGUUGACGGAAACUACAGUGAGUUGCGCGAAGCGAUGCGAUUAUUGAUGAUUACUCAGCGUGCGAUGAUGGAGAACCAGCGAUUGGCACACGUAGCAGGGGAUCAAGUACCGGAAGUGCGACUUCCGGCGAUUAACGUGCCGAUGUUCAACGGAGAACGGAAGAAUUGGAUUUCCUUCAAGAACAUCUAUGUGACGACAAUUCAUAACCGGACCGACUUGGAGGCUUCGCUGAAAAUGAAAUAUCUAGUUUCAUAUGUCGACGGGUACGCGAAGCUCCUGGUCAACUCGUAUCCUAUCUCCGAUGCCCACUACGAGGAGGCUUGGGCUGCGCUCACGAACUACUACGACAAGAAAAAGUUCACAGUGUUCUCCCUUGUCCGGGAAUUCGUAGAUCAACCGGGAGUCAUCACAGCAUCUACUGGCGGACUUCGCAAGCUUGUCACAACAUCCGAUGAGGUGCUACGUCAACUCAACGUUCUGGGAGAUGAGUUCAACGCACGGGAUCCGUGGCUCAUCCAUCUGUUGCUGGACAAACUGGACGAAGAGACGCGCUUGUUGUGGGCACAACAGAUUGUUCAUGUGGAAAACCCUUCUGUGGACGACUUUCUGAAGUUCUUGAACAGCAGAUGCGAUGCCCUAGAGACGUGCGCGGCAUUUUCGAUGAAGGCGACUCCUCAAGUGACAAAGACGGAAACAGAGAUGCAAGCAGUGAACAACAAGACAGUGCAGUCGCUACACUUGGCGAUAGCAGCAGAAAAGUGCGCGAAAUGUUCUAAGGAACAUCCGGUCUAUCGAUGUGAUGAGUUCAAGAAGAUGGACAUAAAAUGCAAACGGAAACUAGUGAUGCAGGCGAGAUUGUGCUAUAACUGUUUGGGGCCAUCCCACAUGGCCAAGGGAUGCAGUUCAAAGUCAGUGUGCCGCACCGUGGGCUGCGGGCAACGGCAUCAUUCGCUGUUAUGUCCACAGAGAAAACUGCAGAAGCAAUUCAUCACGCCCAUCCCGAAUCCAAGCUCCCAACCACCACGGUCGACGGAUGUACAGAUUCCUGUGGAGGUGCCGCGGAAAGCACUCGUUUUGCCUACUGCAGUUAUCCGCAUUCGCAAAAACGACGGUAGUCUUCUCCCAGUGCGGACCCUGAUCGAUUCCGGCUCCGAAGCAUCCUUGAUCUCGGAGACUUGUUACAACAAACUCGGACUCCCUCGAUCGAACGAUAAGAUUGAAGUCACUGGCAUGGGCGAUCGGGCAGCCGGAACCGCAAACGGAUUGGUGAAGCUCGUGAUUUCAAAGCGGUUUUCAGACGCAGCAGUUCUACAAACAAGCGCCUACGUUGUUGGGAACCUUACUACAGCCCUACCGACACAGCAGUGUGAGAUGCAUCCAAAACUCUUGAACAAGCAGUUAAAGGGUUCUCUUGCUGAUCCGGCGUACCAUCGACCGGGAGCCAUCGACUUAAUUUUGGGAGCAGACGCCAUCUUCGGAUGGGUUACUUCCGGGAAUCAAGCGCGGCCGGAGGCGCCAUUGCAAAAGGGAAAGCUGUUAUCGAAUUCGCCGGACGUCACCAGUACAGCAAUGCGGUCGGUGUACCGGGUCUACCUAGGAGAUCGGUUGAGGCAUUGCUGCCUCAAGGUGGGGGAGUAUGUUCCGGUCAACCGACCCCACUCUCCCCUUUGA